GCUAGAAUUUAUUGCUGAACCCCCCUUUCAACAUAGUAUACCGCCGAACGCAUCAAUGGAUGCCGUUCAGCUAGAUCUUUGUUCAGCUGAGGUGGAGUCUCUCAUCAAAAAGGGCGCGGUAGUAGAGACAGAGGAGAAAGGGGGCUACGUCAGCCGAUACUUUCUUGUCCCAAAGAAAGGACCAAACGAAUGGAGGCCUAUCAUUAACCUAAAGCCUUUGAAUCAGUUUCUUUCUUGCCGCCAUUUUAAAAUGGAAGGGAUUGCCACAGUUCGUCACACAGUGAGGCAGGGGGAUUUUCUGGCUAAAGUCGACCUUACUGACGCCUACUUUACUAUUCCGAUUUUUCGAGGCCAUCGGAAAUAUUUACGCUUUCGUUGGGGGCGUAAAACAUUCGAGUAUACAUGUCUACCCUUUGGUCUUUGUGCUUCACCUUGGGUUUUUACUAAACUAUUGAGAGUGGCCGUCACUUUUUUGCGUCGUUCCGGGAUCAGACUCGUUAUUUACCUUGACGAUUUGCUGAUCGUGGGCACUACUACUCAAGAAUGCAGCGACGCAGUAACACAAGUCAUUCAUGUUUUAGAAUCUUUGGGAUUCUUAAUCAACUUUAAUAAAUCUGAAACAGUCCCCACGCAAUGCAUCGAGUACAUAGGGCUUAUCACCAAUUCCGUCCCCAUGUCGUUCUGCCUCACCGAUAAAAAGAUUUGCGACAUUCGUCGGUUAUGCACCGAAAUUUUAAAAAAGGGGAAAGGUUCUCUUCGUCAACUGGCAAAGAUAAUAGGGAACCUUAACUGGGCUUCUUAUGCAGUAAAUUUUGCUCAAGCGCACUUUCGUAGCUUGCAGGCUACCUUCAUUUCAUCUUCUCGAGCCAAUAACGACAAUUUAGACGCCGUUAUUUAUCUGAAUGACGACAUUCGUGCGGAUCUGAAGUGGUGGACCACUUCCGCCGAUUUUACCUCCGGCAAACCUCUGCUUCUCUCACGACCGGAGAUGCGCUUAUCCUCCGACGCUUGCCUCUCGGGCUGGGGGGCAGUUUGUCUCGACGUCAAGACGGGUGGGCCUUGGUCCGGAUCCGAAAUUGGUCGCCAUAUUAACAACCUAGAGAUCCUUGCUGCCCUUAAAGCCCUCGAAUGUUUCGCUUCUUCUCUCUCUAAUUGCACAAUAGAGAUCGGGAUCGACAACACCACCGCAGUUAGCUACAUUAACAAACUAGGCGGGUGCCGGUCAAAGGACCUUUGUGACGUCUCCCUGCGCAUUGCCAAUUUUUGUGAAGAGAGGAAAAUUUUUUUAACCGCCAUUUUUGUUCCCGGCACUGCGAAUGUUCUCGCGGACGCAGAAUCAAGACGCUCCCUCUCGGCGGGCGAUUGGAGACUUUCUCCAACAGCUUUCAUGUCCAUCUGCCUUCAGUGGCCAGUCCAAGUGGACCUUUUUGCGUCAGAAUGGAACCAUCAACUGCCACGGUUCGUCAGUUGGUUCCCACAACCGAAAUGCUGGAAAGUAGACGCUUUCAGCUUCCCAUGGAAAGGGCUAGGCGCGUUUUGUUUUCCCCCGUUCAGCUUAAUUCCAUUCUGCCUGUCGAAACUGAUGAGAGAAGAGGCGGAGGCAAUUUUUGUCACCCCGUACUGGCCGAGCCAACCAUGGUUCCCGAUCAUAAUGGACCUCGCCGUGGCCGUUCCGCGACUAUUACGUCCGUCGCCGGACCUUCUCACAUCUCCUCUGGGAGAGAGUCACCCACUGGUACAAGACGAUUCCAUCCGCCUGAUCGCCUGGAAACUCUCAGGCUCCGCUUUACUGAGAGCGGAGUUUCAGAAGACGCUUCAGCCCUCAUCCUCUCCGCAACACGAAAAAAUACAAACGCUGCAUACCAGAGCGCUUGGAAUUUUUGGAGAAAUUGGUGUGCUACGAGGGAAAAGGAUCCCUUGUCUCCUAGCUCCGCAGAUAUAAUUAAUUUUUUGGCUGAAUAUAGCGUAGGAAGGAGCUACAGAACAGUCAAUGUCGCCCGCUCUGCUCUCUCUUCUACACUUGCUGUAAACCCGGGUAAUGUUGCCGUCGGUGCUGACCCUCUUGUCAACAAACUACUCAAAGGCCUAUACAACAAAUCCCCCCCGACUGCCAGAUAUUCUCAAACGUGGAAUCCUGACACCGUCCUCUCAUAUUUUGAUUCCACAGCUGGGGCGACUCUUUCUCUCCUUGAACUGUCUCGGAAAUUAGUCACUUUAUUGGCUCUCUGUACGCUAUUAAGAACAUGUGAACUUUCUUCAAUAUCGUUGGAAUCGAUCGUCAUUUCCGAUUCUAAAAUGUCUUUUUCCCUGAGCCAACCAAGAAAGGCUCAACACUCCGGACCCCUUCAUCGAAUUUCCGUCGACGCCUGGCGUCUUAAUGUUUCAAUUUGUCCUGUCAAAUGCUUGGAAACUUAUUUAGACCGUACUGCGGCGUUGCGCGAUACCACAAACUCCUCCUCUCUCUUGCUCAGCAGCAACAAACCCCAUGGCCCGGCCUCUGUAGCUACAAUCGGCCGUUGGAUUAAAGAGCAACUCAAAAUAGCCGGUAUCGACACGUCUAUCUUCUCAGCACACUCGACUAGAGGGGCAGCAGCAUCCAAAGCGGUCUUAUCUGGUAUACCGAUUCAAACUGUCUUAGACGCCGGCCAUUGGGCCAGGGAGUCUACGUUCAAACAGUUCUACCACAGGGAGGUGGUCAAUGGACCAACCAACCUGAUCACUAGUUCCGUCCUUCAACCACCAUCAAUUUAAACGCCGGUUAACCCUCUGCUGUGCUGUGGUUUUCUCGCCCUUCUUUUCUGGAUACAAUAACGGUUACCGCGGCCGGAAGAAGGGACGAGACAACAACAACAAUUCAGGCAACUUCAAUAACAACGACUCAAGUUUCAACAAGAAGUGAUCAUGUUUACCUUCGUCGUUGUACCUCCUCCGUGUGGC